AUCCUGUUUGUAAACUACAAUGAAGAUCGUUUUUGAACUCAAUUUAGCAACGCUAGCUACAGUUAGCCAUUUUACAUAAGUAUAAAGUCAUUUUAAUACAAAUGAUGACCAGAUGAUUUUUUUAACGAAUAAAUGAAGUCAGACUGUCACAUGACUGGUAAACAACCGUCAAAACAAAGGUCAUAUUCAGUUGCAGAUCACAGAGAGAUCAAGGGGACGUCUUCUGAUAAAGGACAUUUUUUUGUGUGUUAUUUUUUUUUUUUUUUUUUUUUUUUUCGUCGUGUAGAAUGAGCCUGGACGCAGUGUCAAAGUGACAGAAUAUUUAUGUAAUAAAUAAUUCUAACCCAGAAUUAAUGUGAUAUUUUAGAGGCGAAUAUUGCUUUCCUGACAUUUUUCAUAAUAUGAUUUAUCCUGAUCCUUUGUUUUAUAUCAGUUUUGUUUUAUUUUAUUUUUGAUUUUAAAGGCUCAUUUUAUUAUACAUUUUUGAUUCCUUUUUAUAUCCAUAUUUUCGCACAUAAUAAUGCAGGCUCCAGUUCCACCUUCCCCCAUCAGACCAGCGGUGGCCCCAUCAGUACAGCUGGGUGUCACCGUUCUUUACACCUGUCUUUACGGUGGUCUGUUUUUUGUUGUAUUAAUUCAGCUCUGGUUAUUGUCACUCUACCGGCACAAACGAUGGAGCUACCAGAGCGUUUUUCUCUUUCUUUGCCUGUUUUGGGCAGCCCUUCGCACAACACUCUUUUCAUUUUAUUUUCGUGACGCCGUUGCCGCCAACCAUCUGCCCAUCCCGAUUUACUGGCUCCUCUAUUGUUUCCCUGUUUGUUUGCAGUUUUUCACCCUCAGUCUCUUCAACCUUUACUUCACUCAGGAAUUACUCAAAGUUCGAAGUUUGUUCAACGUUGAGCCCAACAAAGGACUAUGGUUGGCUCGCUGUGGGUAUGCAGCCAUGAGUGCACUCUUCCUGUGUGUCAACAUAGUUUGCGCGAGCCUUGGAGAGCAUAGAGGAUCUGGUGGAGCUGGUGAUAAAACGUGGAGGCUGGUUCUAGUUCGGGUGCUGGUCAAUGACCUACUCUUUAUUCUGGAAGCCAUGUGCCUGGCCACAUCUCUGCUCCUGUUGACUCGAUUCUCUUCCCCCACCACCCCUUAUCUACACAGUAAGGGUCUUUGUCGGACUGCAGUCCUGGGAGCAGGCGUAAUCUUACUUUUCUCCAGUAGGGCCUGCUACAACCUUGCGGUGCUGUUUUUGUCUCUGAAUCAAAAAGUGGAGGCCUUUGAUUAUGACUGGUAUAACAUCUCUGAUCAGGCUGACCUUCGCAGUGAACUUGGAGAAAGAGGUUACAUGAUUUUUGGAGCUGUUCUCUUCAUUUGGGAGCUGCUACCGACCAGUUUGCUCAUUCUUAUCUUCAGAGUUCGCCAGCCUCCUCAAGAAAGGAACUGCAGCCCAGCCAUGUGCAACAAACAAAGCUCACGGUCGUAUUUCUUUGAUGAUCCUCGUGGAAUGGAUGGUGAUUCGGAUUCUCUCUGGAGUCAUUGCAUAAAUCCCCAUAGCAGUUGGUUUGGGUCCAAUGAGACAACUCCACUCCUCUUCAAUGGGACUGACCAGAGCAGCCAACAUCACAUACUCUACUCAACUCCACAGACCUGAACACUGUUCAAAGCUACAGAGAUGUUCCUCUAACCUUCUCAGGCAAUAGAACAGCAAUACCUCUUCCUGUUGAGUAGCUCAAUAGGUAUUUUUGCACUAAUAUGCAUCAGAAGCACCUGAACUUCUAAAAUUCCACCUUGACUUCGUAAAGCUGACCACAAUUUUAGACAAGACGCUUCUUAUAUAAGGGACCAGCUAAUGAUUUUUCUGUAUAGGUAAGGAUUAAAGAAUGAGUUAUUACAUCUAUUUUUUUUAUCAUCUGGAAGAGUAUCUAUAAAAUGUUUAUUUUCAGAUAAUAUAUUUUUUGGGAUACUGACAUUUCACUUUAUAUGAUGUAAAAGGGAACAACAGUUUGGUAUUAACCUUGAAUUUGAUAAUCUGAUAUUUGUGAAUUUAUUUUAAUAAUAAAUUAAUCAAAAUAAUAAAUUUUUACUGUGUGUUUACAUCAUGUCGGAAUUGCCAUUCAAUUUUCCCAGUAUUAUAAACCGGUAACGUCUUUGACUUUACUCAGAAUUUCGUGGAAGCUCCUACUUCUCCCAGUUUUCCAUUGUGACAUCAUAUUAAUACAACCAAAAUGGCAACUUCUUCAUGAAGUGACUUUCAAGAGAGAUUGUCAUUUUAUUAUAGCUGAUGUCCAUUUUGGUGUCAUGAGUGUUGCCAUUGAGUCCAAGGAUGCUAACAGACUCCCAAGUUGCCAUCUCAUAAUUACAGUGCAUCCGGAAAGUAUUCACAGCGCUUUACUUUUUCCACAUUUUGUUAUGUUACAGCCUUAUUACA